AGUGGAAAAAUGAAGUUAGUGAUCGUUUUGACCGCUAGUUUGGCUUUGGCCACAGCCGCCACGCUGCCAAAUAAAAAAAAUAACAGUCAAAACGAAUUGUUCGAAUCGAAUGAAAACUACAAUAACAACGAAUAUGUCCAAGAAAAGGAGGUACGUGAUUCCAUUGCAAACUCUUUUGACGCCAUCGUGAACGUCAUAAGACAAUACAAAAAUGACGUUGCAAAAUCCGACAACUUUAGAACUAACGAAAUUUCCGUCCAAGACACCGUAAACUUCGGUUACAACGCCGACACGUUUUUGACCAACGUUCGCGUCAACGGAUUGAAAAAUUUUGACAGCCAAAACUUCACCAUGGUGUGGGGAGAAGAUUUGAUCCACGUCGCUAACGGCUGGAAAAAACUCGCGGUCAACGGAGUGUUUCAUCACAUGAACACCGUGGCCAGACACAGUGGAGUAUUCCAUUUAGACAUUAUCGAACCUAAAUACAUGGGUGAAUCUUUGCUCACAAAAAACUCAAACGUCUACCCGUUAAUGUCGAACGUUGACUCCUUCAAGUUCGUUAAGUUCAUCGUCAACCACACCUCGUUGCCGGAAGUUUUCCAAGACGACAAACCUCAAUUUGAUUAUUUCGUCAAAAACACCAUAGCUCAAUACGUAGCAACCGCCGAAGCCAACAACAUGUACAACGACGUCGCCCUGCAAAUCAGGCGGAUCGUCAAACCCUACAUGGUGUACCGCAGCAACAAGAUCGCCAGCGAAACUGUGUCACCGAUCACCGGCGAUCUGGCCGAUGGUUUCCGUUUCGAGUUGAAAAACCUCGAUUUCGACAACUCCAAAAACAACUUGGCUAAGAUUCCGUUCGUGCAGGUGAACAAGACCAACGAGAGCUACUCCGCCAAACUCGAACUCCGCCUGUUGGACUUGACCGGAGAAUUCGACAGCGUCGUGACAUCCCCCAAUGGCAAGAGUUACAACCAUAGAGCCACGUACAAGACCGACGCCGUCAAGGUGGUUUGCGACUUGGACUUCGUCGAAAACAAAGUUCGCACCGCUGUCCACGUCACGAGGCCCCAAAUUCAGUUCCCGUCGAUCGACUCCGAUUCCGCGGUCAACUGGUCUGACGUUCAAAAACAAUUGGUGCCCCACUUCAACGUUUACUUCAAGCGCACCCUCGAGAGUGCCAUCGACCGUAACGUCCACCAAUCCAUGAUGUAAUUAAUUACGAACGGACCCUAGGGUCGACUAUAUAUUUUGUUCAAUAGAAAAUAAACCAGCAACAUUUUAUAAUUGUUAUAGUGUAUUAAAAAUAAAGACGA